AUGGCGCAGAAGCUGUUCAAGCCGCAGGUGGCCUACAAGGCGCUCCAGUGGCACCAGGCCUGCUUCGUGUGCUGCGUCUGUCACGUGCCGCUGGGCGCGCGCACCUUCCUGCCCAAGGAGCAGCGGCUCUACUGCCCGCGCUGCUACGAGGAGACGUUCGCGGCGCGCUGCCGCCGCUGCGACGGCACCAUCACCAGUCUGGGCGUCACGUACCAGGGCGACACGUGGCACCGCGAGUGUUUUGUCUGCGCCAGCUGCGACCAGCGGCCCUACUGCGCAGACUGCUACACUCGGCUCUUCGCCAAGCGCUGUGACAAGUGCCGCGGCCCUAUCGCACGCGAGCCGGGCACCCGAUACAGCGUCUUCCAGGAGCGCAGCUGGCACAACGCCUGCUUCACGUGCGCCACGUGCGGCACGUCGCUAGUUGGGCGCGGCUUCAUCGACGCCGACGGUGAGCUGCUGUGCGCCACCGCCGACUGCGCGCGGCGGCGACUGGUGGUCGACGGCCCUGACAUCUAG